CUCUCACCCGGACUGCGUGGGGCAGCGGUAGGGAAGCUGGGAGCUGGGAUCCGGGCUCCAUCUGGAGCCACCUUUUUUUUUACCCAGUAACGCUGGAGCCUGGAGCGUCCGAAGGUAAGGGGAGAGGGAUGAAACCUCUGCAUGUGCUGGCAGCCUUUUACUUGGGCUUGGGGAGAUGGGUUUGGGAGACAAGGCGGGGGGGACACCCUGCCUUCCUGGGGUGAUCCCACAGGUGUGUUUCCCACUUAUGCCUGUUCUCUCCCGACUGGGAUUCUGGGAUGUGUUGUAAUGAGGUGAGAACGGGGCAGGUGGUGUCCCAGGGACACACAGGGCAACUGUUUGCACCGUGGGACCUUGGCGUGGAAGGGAAAUGGGAAAGGAAGAAAUGCUGGAAAGGGCAGAUUUGCUUCAACAGCUUUUCACAGGAGGAGGGAAUCAGGGUGCGUCCCAGGGCCUAUAAACACUUUUGAUGGAUGCCGAGUUGUUGAUUUAACUGGGCGUUUGUGGAGAAACAUCUUCAGCCUUCGCUGAAGAUUCAAUUGAGCUUUCCUGCCUUGAACCUUUGGCUCUGAUUUCUGCAAGAGGAGACCUAGAAAGGAGAGGGCACCCCCAAACCCCAGCGUGCCCAGGCUCCUCUGCACCCCGGCCUCAGGGCCUCGCAGACAGGCAGGGCUCAUGCCAGCCCCAGGGUGGGAUUUACACCCCUCUGCAAGUGAAAGCUCACUUUUCGUGGCCCUUACAAGUACCUUACAGCUGCCAAGGUCUGCGCUAAGCAAGGUACAGAAAUACCUGUCUGGUCUCCCAGCACGUGUAUGCCUCUUCGCAUGGCACCUGGCAGCUGCUGCUCUGCCGCCUGUGUACCGUAGAAAGGGGAAGGAACACAAAAAAAACCAACCCAGAAUGCAAAUGAUUGCACUACCGAGUGGGCUGGAUGUGAAAAACAGUCUGUCCGUGAUUCAGAGCACAGAAACAGUCACAAAGUUGGAAUUUCAAACAAGUCCGAGCCCAGCGCUGUGGGCACAGGGCUCGUGGCUGGGAAGGAGCUCCUGUCAGCCCAGUGGGUGGGCACAGGGAGGGGGCAGCGCCCGAACCUUGUCCUAGAGGUGCCAGACAGCUUAGCGCAGGGUGACGGUGACAAAUUGCGGCACUGCAGGUGGGACAUGGGGAAAAUGGUUUUCCUGGGAAGGGUGGAGAAGCUCUGAGGCUGUGUCAUGAGUGUGCUCAUGCUCAGCGCGCGUGGCUGGGCUGCGGGGGAGCUCCAGGAGGGGAGAUGAACCCCCCCCGUUUCACCUGACCACCUGUGUUUUGUUCCCUGGGGGAAGGGGGCUGCAUCAUGCAGGUGGCGGCAAAGCCAUCCCCACCAUGGCAGAGCUGGGCACUGAAAUCCUGGUGUGGGGCACAGGAACCCAGCACGACGCCUGCCCGACCCCCAUCCCGGUGCCUACACAGGAAAAGUCACCCCAAAUGCCGAAAGGAGCUUCAGGGUGAGCGUUUCCCUGGGUAAACACGCUAAUGUAUUAAGCAGACAUGUAUGAGGGUAUUUCCUGCUCUCGCAGAGGGUGUUGUCUUGUUAUUCUUCCCGAGUUUCUGGACAGCAGCCGUUUCCUCCUGGCACGGCUGUGGAGCAGCAGACACCGUUCCAGUGUUUUAGGACUUACAAAUGAACGUUCCUGCCCGUAUCGCUUUGCCCCGCGCGGCAGAGCGUCCCCUCUCGCACCCCUUUCCAGUCCCGCUCAGGCUGGGUUGCGCUACACAGCAGGCAUCAGGUGCUGCCCCGCGGCGUGGGGACGGCUGUGUGUGGCCAUGGCACCCCCGGCUGAGCCUCCUGGGCAGCGGGGACACAUCUCCGGAAUGAGAGAGCCUGGAAAUUAAUCCUGGGGAAAUCACAAAUGUUGGGGAAUUGGGAUAGGAGCUUUUGGAGCUUUCUAUUUGCCGGCCACCUGCUACGGAGCAGCCAGACCCCAGACUUUUCUGUGAUGCUCCCGGGGAGUCGGUUUCCCCCAGCUCUGAGUGUUUUACAGCAGCGUAUGUCCAGUGAAACCACUUUAUUGCCCAGUUUCUGGGCAAUGACACAGCUGCGGGCAGUGCCUGCCUGGGUAAUUCCCGGCCUCGCUCCUGGCACUGCCUCUGGCAGCCUGGAGGGCAGCAGGGCGACGCUCUAAAUGUGCCGUUUGCUUGUUCAGCAUCCCUAAGGAUACCUGAACACGCAUUUGUAGGGUUUCCUUGGUGCCAGUGCUUUCCCGCCGGCCCACAGAAGGACGUUUGCAGGUUGCCGGGGCAAACAUUCCAGUUUUCCCCCCCCUGCUGUGGGGGCGUUACUUGCCACGUGCUCCCGCGGCCGAGUUUCUGGAUGAGAGAAGCAGGUGCUGCGGAAAGUCCAGAAAUUUUAGCUGACGAGAGAGGUGGGGGCCCCAGCGCCAGCGCCCCGGCUGGCCCCCUCUCCCCAGGGUGGUCUCUGCAGGGUUGGGUGUCCUUUGGCUGUUGAUACCCUGAACCCUGGGGCUGGGGGUGUGGUGGUGUCGUGGGGACAAGCCCAGCCGUGCCGCAGGGACAACUGUGGCGGGAGCCACGGUCUCAGGUUACUUGUACAGAAAUGAGUGGGGCGGCGGGAACCUGAUGAAGGUUCCGCUGUCGGCGGCCGCGGCGUAUUAAAGGGGCACGUCGGGGCAGGCUGCAUGUCCCCAGCCGUGUCCUCACAGCAUGGCGGGGUCGGGGGGCGAGGGGGACCUGCGGCACCUGCUAAAGCUGCACCGCACCGAAAUCGCCAUGGCGGUGGAUGACGUCUUCCCGCUGCUGCACGGCCUGGCUGACCACGACGUCAUCCCCGAGCACGUCUUCAAGGAGACGCUGAGCCGGACGGAGCAGGAGGGCUCCCACCGCGCUUUCCAUGCCCUGCUCACCUGGCUGCUGGGCCGCGACACUGCUGCCCUCCGCGACUUUUGGCACGUCCUCUUCAAGGACUACAACCUGGAGCGGUACAGCCGGCUGCGGCCCCUCCGCGGCGCCUUCCCCAGAGAGGUGGAGCUGGGACGGCAGCGCCGCGGCAGGCAUUUCUCCCCCAGCCCCACGGCGCCGGCCCUGCACAGACCCCAAGGCAAGAGGAAAGCCCCCGAGGAGCGGGAGGGGUCCCGGGUGACGCAGCCCUCCCCGUGGCAUGCCGCCAGCCCUGGGCCCCUGGCGAAGGCGAGGACCGUGAAGAAGCCGGAAAGCAGAGAUGUCCCCCGCACCCCCAAUGCUGGCGCCCUCCAGGCGGUGGCCACCUCAGUGCAGAGAGCGGUGGCCGUGGCGGGCAGCGAGGUGCCCAUCAGCCGUGGGGCCGUCGAGGGCAUCCUCAUCAAACACGUGCUGGAGCCGGGUAGGUGCAGCCUGUCCCGUCUGGCCUCAAACGCAAUUUUGCCCCUAAUUUCCCCCAAGGGGAAGCCCCCCCCCCGGGGCAGGAGGGUGUCAGGGAGGGGGGGUGUCAGGGAGGGGGUCCCCACAAAGCUGCUCUCAGCAUCUCUUGCAGGGAGCUCCCGGACGGGCAGCAAAGCUGGGGAUGAGCCGUACGCCCCAGCCGCCUGUGAGGAGCUGGGGGCCAGGAGCAGAAGCCGCAGCCUGAAGCCCCCCGCCCGGCCCAAGGCAUCCCAAAGUAGCGGGGAACCCCGAGUGCAUCCCCAGGGCCGGCUGCCAGCGCCCACCGUGCACAGCCAGGACCCCGCGCCCCACCAGGAGAACGAGGACGAGUGUGCGGCCUGCGGCGACGGUGGCGAGCUCAUCUGCUGUGAUGGCUGUCCCAGGGCCUUCCACCUGGCCUGCCUGGUGCCCCCACUGCCCCGCGUCCCCAGCGGGAUGUGGCGGUGUGGCUCCUGUGUGGCAAGUGUGGCUGAACCGGGACGGCCACGGGAGGUGGACGUGGCUGUGGAGAGACCCCCUGAGGUUCCAGGGGAGGAGGCAUAUGGCACCCGGCAUGGUGGAGGUGAUGGAAGCGUCUGUGGCCGCUGUUUCACCCGGAUCCCUGCACCCCGACACUGCCCCGUGCCCAGCAGGGACCCCGGGGGGCUGUUGCUCUGCAUGACCUGCGCGGGCACCCUGGACACCGGCAGCCUGGAGGACACUGCAGCACCCAGCGACCACCCGCUACAGGCAGCAAAGGCGGAGGAUGGCUCCCUCGGCAGCGACCCGGUGCUGAGCAGGGACGAGCUCGAUGCGCUGCUUGGUGAGGUACGGCACUCCGGGGGGGGGCCACCAACAAGCAGAGUCCAUCCACAGGGGACAUGUCUCUGGUGUGUGACCCACAGGGUGAUAGAGGGCUGUGGGUGAGGCAGGGACAGCCCAAGGUGGGGCGGGGAGCGGGACGGAAAGGGAGAGUGACCCCCCUGGGGAUGUCUCGCAGGGCACCUGGGACGGGAUCCUGCAGUGGGCGUUCCAGAGCAUGGGGCGGCCCCUCGCAGACACCCACGGGCUCUUUGCCUAGAGCAGGCUGCGCUGGCGAUGGAGGAGCAGGCGGGGGAUGGCUGAGUGGCAGGAACCGGACAGGCACCUCAGUGAGUUUAACAAACCAGCCAUCAUCCAUCACACACAACCUCACCCCCUGCAAGUCGCCAGACAAAACACGCAUCAGCAAAAAGCAGGUUAAAGCUAAUUAAUCUUGAUAAAUGAGAAAAAAACGAGAAAAAAAACCCAUGCAAAUAAAAAGAAACUAAUGGAAAUUAAAUAAACAGGCAUAUAAAAAACUUAAAGCAAAUGGAAAACAAAAGUUACAGUACCAAAGUGCGAGAGGAGAGAAAGUCCUACAAACCAAACUAGACCCCAUCCCCAAGACACUAAACAGUGUGGCCACCACUCUGUCCCACCCUGUGCACUCUGCCCACUACCCUACAACUCGAUGCACCCACCCGGUUCUGCCCCCAGCAACACCUCAACCCAUAAAUACCCACAACAAUAUCCGCACCUACACCCCCUCAGCCCUGCCCCGACACAACACCCCACACGAAACAACCCAAAAAAACUACACACCU